AUGCAAUGGCAGCUACUGCUAUCAAUUCCGAUUCCAGAUUCGAUUUACUCACAGUCAACUAUCGUAGCAACACUACCAGUGUUUUCUUCAUCUGUUAAUUAUUCAGUCGGUAGUAAUCUAGUCGGUAUUGAGAUUAGGGAUUCGGUUGCCGAUAAUUAUCUUGACAUAGUCAUUGCAAACAACUGGCUUAACGCCGCUUGUAUGCUUCAUAAUAUGGGAGAUGGAACAUUCUAUUCUCAAGUGUCUUAUCUAUCUGGUAGUUCUCCACAAUGA